GUGACUUGUGUAACUUUUAUCUGUGGUCUCGACAAUCUACACUCUGCCAGUCCCGCACGCCGCUGAUUGUUGCGUCUCCGUAGUCAUCAGUCGCUCGCCUAUCGCGGUAUCACACAUAUUAAUUUAUUAUUAUACGGAUAAUAAUUAUAAUAAUAAUAAUAAUACAACGUCCGUGUUGGUCUCGAACAACGGUAUUUUUUAAUUUUUUAAUUUUUUAUUAUAUUUUAAUAUUCUCGAUUUUUUCCACCUACGUUGAUAAAUCACAUAAUUUACGCUCGCCUAUCUCCUCCCAAGAAUAGGUAAAGAAAGAUACGACCCCACGAAUAUUACUCGUCGACGUCUCGUGCGUUUGGGACGUUAUCGACGACGUGCCGUUUGACCGUUUCCCGAAAAUAGUUUUGUUCGUAUCGGUUGUACAUUUUAACAAAUUAGUUCAAUGAUAAUCGUUUGUAUUCCUAUGAGUGGCUACACGGCGUCCUAGUAUUUUCGCACAAGACGGCCAAGGCAUCGCUAUGUAAUCGUCGAGGUAACGGUUUUCCUUUCUAUAAAUCAUCGCCAUGUCGUCCUCUGUAUCCGUCAUGGACACCCUGUCCUUCACCGUUCUCUCCGUGAUAUUCAUUCCGUUUCUCCUUUUCUUUCUCAGCAUCGUUCUAUUGGCUUAUGUUGGCAAAACGCUAGGAUUACAGCAGAUCUACGUGGACUUCCUAGUUAAAGUAUUUGAGUAUGGGCGAGAAAAUCUAGAAAAACAAUCAAAAAAAAAACCUAAAAGAAUUGAAGAAACUGAUAGUGAAGAAAACGAUGAUGUUGAUGAACUGGAUUUGAUAACUGAACUUGACACAGAUACAUUAAAUAAAUCUACAUCACAUUCAGUGCCAAUAAGUUCAAAUGGAUCUAUCUCUCGAAGUAACUCAACUCAUAGUCUAUCUAAUGGAAGUGUUGACAAGAAAAUACAGAAUGGAGCUCCACCUUUAAUAAGCAGACAAGAUUUAAUACUAGUUCCAGAUCCAGAUCAAAAUUAUAAUGGCAAUAAUAAUGUUAAAACUGAAGGAGGUAAACAAAUAUUACAAAGAACACGUUCAUUUAAUACAUUAAAACGAGAAUUUGAACUUGCUGAUGUACUUGAUUAUGUGAAAACUGGUGUUGAAGCAAUUAUAGAAGAUCAAGUUACUUCACGAUUUGAAGCAGAAGAACUCAAGUCUUGGAAUUUGUUGACAAGGACAAAUAGACAUUAUGAGUUCAUCAAUUGGAAAAUAACUGUCAUUUGGAUUAUUGGAUUUAUUGUAAGAUAUACAUUUUUGUUGCCAUUACGUGUAUUGAUCUGUUUCUUUGGAGUCAUGUGGCUGUGGAUUUGUACAUUAAUUGUUGGUUUUGUGCCUGAUAGUUGGGGUAAACGUUGGCUGAACCAAAAUUUAUCCAUUAUGUGUUUUCAAGUUUUAUCUGCUUCACUGUCUUCAGUCAUCACUUAUCAUAAUCGCAAGAACUUACCUAAGCGAGGCAUUUGUGUUGCCAACCAUACAUCUCCAGUUGACGUACUAGUGUUAGCAUGCGAUAACCCUUACGCUCUGAUUGGCCAGCGCCAUGGUGGAUUUUUAGGAAUCCUUCAAAGAGCAUUAGCUAGAGCUUCUCCUCAUUUAUGGUUUGAACGGUCAGAAGCCAAAGACAGAGAAAUUGUUGCAAUGAGACUUCGGGAACAUGUAUCAAAUCCAAUUAAUCCUCCAAUACUAGUAUUUCCUGAAGGAACAUGUAUCAACAACACAUCUGUUAUGCAGUUCAAAAAAGGAAGUUUUGAAGUUGGCAGUGUUAUAUACCCAGUAGCUAUUAAAUAUGAUCCAAGGUUUGGAGAUGCAUUUUGGAAUAGUAGUAAAUAUUCAAUGCUUCAACAUCUUUAUUUAAUGAUGACGUCCUGGGCAAUUGUUUGUGAUGUAUGGUACUUGCCUCCAAUGUACCAAAAUGAAAAUGAAUCAGGUGCCGAUUUUGCUAAUCGAGUAAAACGAGUAAUAGCUGAUCAAGGUGGUCUUGUUGAUCUAGUAUGGGAUGGUCAACUGAAACGUUACAAACCAAAAAAAGAAUGGAAAGAAAGACAACAGGAAGAAUUCAGUAAACGAUUAAAAGUUGAAUAGCACAAGUUGAUAUUAUUCUUGUUUAAUACAUAUUGGUUUUAUAACAACACAAAAUGAGAUUGCUUAUACAUGUCAUGACAUAAAUUAAAUGACUUGAUCCAUAAGAACAAAAACUAGUCGUACAUUAAAUCACCAUUUUAUUUUUUUGUUUAAUAUUUAUUUUAGGUUUAAAUAAUAGAGUAGAUAUUAAAUAAAUUAUGUCAACAUUUUGUGAAUUGUAAUACUGAUUUAGGUGGCAGUCGAUAAAAUAUGGAUUUCUAUCUGUGAUUUAAGUAAGCUUUUGAAUAAGGUUUUUUUAUUAAGAACGUCCAAAAUUUGGAUGUUACUAACGUUGAGUUUACACAUAGGUUCCAAUUUUAUUUCUUAUUGCUAUAUUUAUAAAAUGUUGCUUAAAAUUAUCCAACAUAUACUUACUUAGAUAUUUAUGUUAAUCAUAUGAUUAAUUAAGUUAGUUCCUUAUUGGUUCGUUUUUACGAAUUAUUAAAUUAUAUAUACCAAAACACACGCCAACAUAUUUUUUAUUUCA